AUGCAAGCCCGUUCGCUCGCAUCAUGCGAUACGGUCUAUUCAGCCGAUGCGAUUGAAUUCCAUCCCGAUCCAGAAAAUGACCUCUUCGUCUGCGGGACGUAUCAGAUCCAACAAGAGACGAUGGGAGAGGCGCCGAGGAAGAGGGACGGAUCCGCAGAGGACGAUGAGGACGACGAUGAACAGGAGGACGAGGGUUCCUCGCCUCCUAUCACGCGCUAUGGAAGGUGUCUGUUGUAUCAUUUUGAUCGGAAGAGUUCUAAAUUGUCAGUUCGAGCUGCGUUGUGGGACGGUGCGAGUGUAUCUACGCUGACCUCUACUCCUUUCGCGUCGGUCGUAGGACCGAACUUCAGCGAUUUGAUGGUCCGGCGAUCUUGGAUAUGAAGUGGUCAGUACCGUCAGUCCGAUACUGUACUGUCACCCUUUUGCUGAUGUUUUGGAGAAUGACGCGUAUAGGUCGCCCAUGCCUUAUCGAGGCCGAACGACGUUGGCCAUCGCCGACGCCAAAGGUCACGUGCAACUUCAUAGCUUUGAGGAAGGCUCGGUAAAUUUCCUCGGGGAGGCGCCAGUCCGGAAAUGAUUCUUCUCUGCGUGUUUCUUUACAAAUCUAAGCGGGUCCUGACGACAAUCACUCUGUAUUGUGGUGUUUGCUGCAGAACCGAUUCUCACAUUUGGAAACAUUAGCAUGUACUUCGGAAUCGACGCUGUGCCUCUCUCUCGAUUGGUCGACCCGAAACGCUCGGAAAGGGUUAGUCCGAUCUACAGCUGUCCGCUCCCUGAUCAAUGCUGACCUAUCAUCCCCUCUCUCCUCUACCAUUUUUACGUCACCCUCCUCCACCCUGCCCCUCUCAGACCAGCCGAUCUCGUGGUCUCCCUCUCAUCCGGAGAAAUUUGCACAUUAGCCGCAACCUCGGACUCAGCCGCUUCGCCUGAUGGUAUAGGGGGUCUGCAAGUGCUCGAUACUUGGCAAGCGCAUGAUUAUGAAGCCUGGAUCGCGGCAUUUGAUGGCCGGGAACCGAAUACGGUGUGGACGGGUACGUCGCUCUCGGGCAACAACUUUUGUGGGGUCGGUCUUGUGGCCGCCGGGGUCAUUGACGGUUUGAGAGUUUACGAUCAACUCAUCAGGGGGUGACGACCUGAAGCUCAAAGGAUGGGAUCUGAGACAAGGGUGUGUCUCACCUACUUUUGUCAACAAGCGGUACGUCACCACUCCUCAGAGGGCUAGAGCGAGAAACCACUCCACGCUCUGCCCCCUAUGAUAUCCCAGCUCACCCGCCGAAACACCCUGUUUCCCUCCCACCACCCACAGCUUCGAGGGCGGCGUCACCUCGAUCCAAUCGCACCCGACCCUCGACCACCUCUUCGUCGUCGGAUCCUACGACGCCCAUAUCCGACUGUUUGACAAACGGAAACCCCUCGUCCCUUUGACUACUUACGAUGCGGGGGGUGGGAUCUGGCGAUUGAAGUGGCAUCGCGAGCAAGUUGAUCGUCUGCUCGUCGCGUGCAUGCACGAUGGGUUCAAAGUCGUUGAAUUUGGAGAGGGGAUGGGUGAAGGGAAGGGGGAGUGUGUUUUAAAGACUAGGUUCGAUGGGCAUGAGAGUUUGGCUUACGGUGUUGAUUGGGGAAGAUCUUUCAAGAGGAAAGGGGAGGAAGAGGGGGCAGGGGAUGUGGUCGCGAGUUGCUCAUUUUAUGAUCACAUGUUGCAUGUUUGGGAAGCGAAAUAA